AUGUUUAUCGCAGAGCCAGCCGCUUGCAACGCGUCAGAGGCGCGCGUCCCCCUCGCACGCGUUGCGCUAGACAAGGAUAUGGUAUUCGCUAGAUUGCACUCUUAUUGCAGGGCUAUAAGGCGCAUGUUCGCACUGCAGAAGCUCUUCGAGUAUCGCGAUGCUUGGAUACGCCAACGAAUAGCACAGUCGACGGCCGUCGAUAUCAAGGUCGGAUAUCAAUGCGGAAAAUCUGUCUUC